UGUCCUGAGAAGGCUUAGUCGGCGUUCAAACCUCCAAAGAAAAUCAUUUUACUCUCCUGUUUUAAGAAUAAUCUGUUGUCAUGCCCUGGGAAUUGCAAGGGGGUUUGUCUUAAUAGCAGCUGUGACCACAUGACAUGAAAAAAGGUGCAUUACCAACCACAGAAAUUAGACAUGCAGUUGUCACAUGUACCGUCAAAUCAUAAACUAGAUAGAUAGUGCAUUUGCCAUGCUCUGGAUUGACUCCUGUCCCUGAUUCCACUCUGCUGGAGCAGCUGGUGUGAAGGACCAUGGAGGCAGAAGAGACACAGGAGGUAGAGGACAGUUCUUCCUCUGCUACCCAACUGUCCCAAAGUAGCGGGGUCCCAUCCCUGCCCUCAGGUAACAAACUUGCUGAAAUAAGCCUUACCACAGACGUCUCUGACUCCGAGACAGAUGGUGAUGACAAGUCCUUGUACAACAGCAUGAAGCCUUUAUUAUUCAAGAAGGCAGGUUUGCCUAUUUUGGUUGAUUUAGGACAUGAUACUAGGGAGAGGUCUGAUGCAGACAUAUCUGCUUGGUGUGGUGAACAACAGGAUGCUGAGAAGUCAAGACACAGAUCUCUCGCAAGCAUGGGACCUAAGCCCGUAAAGUUAAAGCCAAAUGUAAAUGAAGAUAGAGUCGGCAGUAAUGCUCCUCCGUCAAAGGUCUCAAACACCACAGAAACCCUUUCAGAUGGUCUUUCCUUAGAUGAUGUUAAGGUCACCCUGCAAGAAAAUGGCAAUCUUCUGAGUGACAGAGGAUUCCUUAAUGAACUUCUGAAGUCCAUAGAUGAGAAGAUUGCUGAAGACAUUCCCAUGGAGAGUCAGAAUCUCCAUCAGGCAGUUCCUCCAACAAGAGAUCCUGGACCAAGCUUAAAUUGGAGUGCCCACUUGAACCUGCAGGCGCCAAAAGUGGGGAAGGGAGGCCCUUACCUGGCGCCAGGAUACGGGUCUCAGGAGAGGCCAGAUCCCAGCCAGAAGAGUUGCUCUAGUCACAGACGAACAGGAAGCGGAGAAGGGCAUCAGGGCCUCGACAGUAAAUCAAAAUUCAAAGCAACAGGUGACGAGUAUGAGCAACACCUGACCUCUGCAACUGAUCCCCCUCCUUUGGAUGGUAUUCUCUCUCAGUUUGGCCUGAAGCUAACGUCCAGAGAUUGGCAGAAGAUUCCAGAAAAGCAUGUAAAGUUUGACAAGGUGCACUUUGAGGUUUCAUCAGAAUCUGGCAGCGACACAGAAAGGAGUAGAAGCAGAAGUGAAACAGCAGGCCGAGAAGAUGAGGAGCAGCCGCACUUGAUGCAGUCAGCCAGAAUUCUGAAAGAACUGACUAACUUGCGAUGGACACUGAAUGGGUGGUGCAGCGUGGAAGCAAAUCCUCCAGUGGAUCAUAAAAGCACACUCUACUUCAUGCAACAACUGCUGAACAUGCUUCAUACUCAGCAGCUGCAUAAAAAGUAUGCAGAAGAGGAGCUCAUGAAGUCGCAAAGUGAACUAAAGAGGGUAGGCAAAGAACUGUAUGUGUUACGAGAGGCACAAGAGAACCGAGAGGCUCGUCUUCGCGAAGCAGACUCCCAGCUAGGCCAGAUACAGAACGAGUGGUUGGGCGUACACAAGAAGUUGCAGGAUGAGCUUCAGAACCAUCGCACCGAAGUCCAUCGAUUAAGACAGGGAAGAGAUUCUUUACAAGAGGAAAUUGGUCUCAUGAAAAAAGACAUGACCAGAAUGAUGGGCACCAUUAAGAGCCAUGAACAGUCAAAAUACAGUCUCGAAGAAAUGCAAGGGCAGCUCUCAGCAAGUAGAAAACAAGUGAUAGAAGUGGUUCAGGAAAAUUCUCGCUUGAACCAGCACCUGAAGGAGAAGGAGAAGUCACUGCAAGAACUGGAAAUGGUCAUGCUCCCCCAAGCACAGAAGGAACUGGAAGCGGCAAGAAAAAAGCUUAACGACAUGGAAACCUCUCUCGAGCAAGUGGUGCGCGACAAGGCCCACUUGGAGGAUGACCUGAGACUUCUUCAGGACCAGUACAAGACACUCCUGGAGAGAGUGGUGGAGGAGGAAGACAAGAAAGAACAAGCCCUCAAGGACAAGGCAAAGUUUGAAAGACAAGUAGAGGACCUGGCGGCAAAAAUGACUGUCAUGAAGCAGGAACUCCACGACUAUCUCUCUCUCUCUCUCUUAGGCUCUCAGGCUCGAGUGGAGGAAUUAGUUGGCCAGAAAUCUCAGUCAUUGCAGGACCAGUUAAAUACACUCGAGACAAACCUGAAAGGAAGUCUUGAAGAUCAGUUGGACGCCCAGAGGAAGAGCCACAAUCACGCAGUGACCAAUCUUCAGGCGAGCCAUGAAGAGGAACUGAAGAAGGUCAAAGCAUCUCACAUGUCUCAGCUGUCACAGUUGCAGCAGGAGGUAAAAGCACUGCAAGCGGAGAAUCAAGCACUGCAAACACAGCGACAAGGAAUUAUCACGGCGGUGUCCUCCAUCCUGGGCCCCAACAAGGAAAACCAGCCAGGGCUGCUGGGGAAUUUCCGCCUGCGUGAAGUCCCCUGGGAGAACGGCCACAUUUCCACCUCAACCCCCAUAGGCUGUGGCGCGGCCUCUCCACUCAGCGAACAUCUGCCGUCCACCACUGCUGCGGCACAUUACCCACUAGUGCAGUCACACCACAAAGGGUUCUCGCCACUAGAGCCCCAAACAGAAACCCAAUACAGCAUUCCAGGAGUCAGAAGUGCAUCUAAUUUUGUUCCCUUGUCAAAGCAGAGUAAUGGACUGAGGUCUGGGCCAGCCAGCAGGCCCACCUCCGGGAGCAGUUCUCGAGGAAAGACUUCGCGGAGUGGCAGCCGGCCAGCAAGCGGGAAGAGUACAAGGAGUGGCAUCAGCAUACCGGACCUCGGGCUGGGGCACUCUUCCUCCAGCGACUCAGACGGAAGCGUUUUCCAAGAAGGCAAGCAGACUGUAAGACAGAUCAUAGGUGGUUCUCUCAGCGUUAUCCCUGCAGACAAGCAUCAGGAGAGCAGCGAGAAAAUUAGAGCAUGGAAGUCGGGGAGUGAUAGGGUAUUUAUGCCCUUGAGGGACGGAUACAGUGACAGAAACAUCUUCCUCCAGAGUCAGGCUGAGAGGGAGUACAGAUCGCUUCCAGAUUUGCAGUCCAAAUCAGGACACAUGAGUGCUGCUGGAGAGAGCCUGGUACCUGAUCGGGUAUUAGGAGAAUAUCCCUCCAGUGUGGACUUUAAUAAAGAGAAUGAGAGUGCGAAGCCUAGCAGGAAGAUGCAUUACCAAGCCGCCUCACUGAAACCUAUGAAGCAGUCAUUUGGCAAGAAAAUAUACAAGGCUUCAGAGAUCCUGCAGUCCAGUGACAUUACUGACGAUGAGAGGAUGGAUCAGCCUGCGCCCAGCCUGAGCCAAGUCGAUCAGGAAAUGGCCAGGCUUUUGCAGGAACUGAAGAAGGUGAGGACAGACUCGACUGCCUCCGAGAGUGAGCCCCCAACCCACGAUACGUCUUUUGACCAGGACCCGGCCAGCAUCACCUUGCAUAAACUGAGCCAAGUCUCCACAAUCUUGUCUCAGUAUGUGGCUCAGUCGCCUGCAUCCUAGUGGGUCGCCGACGGGACGCCAUCAGUAUUAACGUGCCCAGGUUGUUGGGUACCAGUCCUGUUCAUGAAUCCUGAUGUUUUUUUUGUCAGCUGGUGAUAUUCUGGUGAAGCCUGUGCUUGCCCUUGAUUUCCUUGUGGCCAUCCCUUUUCCAGCCAGGGCUUGGCUGUCUGCAGUGCUAGCUUCAACUGGGAAAGUGGGCAGGGGUAUGCUGUCUUGCUUUUUCUCUUCAUCUCUUUGUACUCUCCCUUUGAAGCCACAAUUGCAAUAAAGUAGCUUGCAUAUGAUCAAGCUCUUUAACUCCUUCGAUCCAGGUGCUUUGCUGCCAGCACAUGGUCCAAAGUCUGGGCAUUAAGCUUACUCACGGGUAUGUGGCUUGUAGGCUGGGUGAACACAAACCUAUGUGGAUUGUCAAGACUCCUUGCCUUCCCUUAUCUUUUUCUUUUUUUUCUGUAUAAGUUUUUUUUUUAUCUGCCUUCUUUCCUCUUUUUUUAUUUAUUAUUAUUAUUAUUAUUUUUUAUUAUUAUUAUUAUUUUUUUGCCAUCUACAUUUGCCAAAUGAUAUAUUGUAUCCAGAUGGUAAUAGAUUGUUUUCCUUGCAUAGACUUAAUACCUAUCUCCAUAGGUAGUUCAUAACUCAGUGCAAUAAUAGUAACAAUUUUUUUUUUUUUUUUUUUUUUUCUUUUCUUUUUUUUAAUUAGUUUUCUUUAAUACAACCUGUGCCACCAGUUACAGCAGGCAGGAGUAGGAUCCUAACAUGGAACUCCUUCCAGCCUUGGCUCACAGAUAAUACAUUCCACACUCAUUUACCAAUAGGAAAAAUGCAAGAGUCCCUUCCUAAAUUCCCACUGAGUCUGAUCAUCCUCCAAGAGCUUUCUACACUCAUUUGCAAGUCAUUCCUGUCUCCCCAGCUUUCAGGUGAAAUUCUCAUGACUGCAUGGUUUACCACCACACUAGUAUCCCUACAUCAAAAGGGUUAAAAAGCUUCUAAGCAUAACUGAUAUUUUCUAAUUUUAACAGAUUUAAAGGUGCUAAAUAGUGAGCAAAAGAAGAAUAUCUUUUGCCAAUCUGAAAUUUCUUAGAACUAAGUACAAAUACAAGGUAGAAGGUGAGCAGAUGUUAGAAUUCAUGAGAACAAACAUGAUAAUAUGCUGUAAAUCUUUGCAUUGAGUUUUACUAGCCUCAUUAUGGUGACUGCUGCUUAUUUCUUUAGAUAUAAGAUCACAAAUAUAUAGCGCUAUGCAUGCAGGUCAGCAAGUAUGAUGUUUCUUUCUCUUAAAGGUGCUUGAAGGAGCAUCAGGCUUGGUAUACAUGUGAAAGCUAAACUCAUAGGUGGUUCAAGGGUGUAGUUCAGUGCAUGGUAAUCUGUGUCAAGUGGGAGUUUUUUUGUGAUCAAAGUACAAACUGGACAUUAGCAAACCUUUUAAUUAUUUAUUAUUCAACUUUCCACGAAUCUCAUGUGCUCAUGUUUCCAUGGAAGUGUAUCGCCUUUGAUCAUCCAUAGAGUUCUCUCACUAGAAGAAUAAAUACAGUAGAUAAGAGAUGUUUAAGCUUUCCAAAAGAACUGUUUCUGGUCACAGUUAAUGUGCCAAUUUUCAAGUGCCAUUAUUAAAAUAAUAAAGAUAUGACAUAAUAAUAUUUAAAGAUUGGUAAGAGCUCCUAUGAGUCACUGCUGUACCAUAGAACUGAAAUAUGAAAUAGGUUUUAUAAUAAAGACAUUUUU